GCCGCGCGUCCCACCUGCCCGCUGUGGAAGCCGGGCGGGAGCUGUUUUACUUAUUUAUCUUACGUGUUGACUUUAGAGAGAGGGGAAGGGAGGGGAACACGGAUUCGUUCCCCUUUUCGAUGCAUUCAGGCGUGGUUCUUGGACGCGCCCUGACCAGGUGGAAUCCGCGCCGUCGGUGUAUCAGGAUAUCUAUCUACCCCGCUGAGCUCUCGGGCCAGGAUGGAUUUUAAACAAAGGAGGGACACGAACUACAUUAGGGUUUUACAAGUUUCCCAGAGGCUGUUCAGCGGAAGGAAGAUUUAAAAGGUGAGUGCUGCACAAUCAGCACUGGACUGCAUUCCAGCCUUCCUAGGAAACCAGGCACCAUCCUGACCCUGGAAGUUCCACUGUGGGCCGCCUGACUUGAAGGCCUCUGGAGCUGUGAGAACGCCAUCACCCCAAGGACCCUGUGUGGAGUGGCAUCUGUGUAGAGCCAAUGAAGGUCCAGGACUGCCAGCAUCCUCCUUGUGGCCGCUCCUUGUUCAGAGAUUCCAGAUGCGACGACCAGACACAGAAGGCGGGACAGGAGCUGUUGUCCUUGUUGCACAGAGUACAAUGGCAGUGGCUGCACUGAGGGGCCCAGCUGAGGGCCGUGUGACCUUUGAGGAUGUGGUUGUGUACUUCUCCUGGGAGGAAUGGGGGCUCCUGGAUGAGACGCAGCGAUGCCUCUACCAUGACGUGAUGCUGGAGAACUUUGCCCUUGUCACCUCAUUGGGUUGCUGGUACGGAAUGGAGGAAGAGGCAGCACUGUCUGUGCAGAGUGUUUCUAUAGCAGAAACGUCACUGGGCCAGAAUCCAAGUCUAGACCCAGCCAUUCAAGAGACUCAACCCUGUGAGAAGUGUGUCCUGGUCAGGGGAGAUGUUUUGUACCUGACAGGAUACCCAGGAUCACAUUCUCGCCAGAAGUCACACACCUGUGAGCCCUGUGGAAGACAACCCUGUCUUAGCCCAGACCUGCACGAGAAGCCCGAUGAAGAGAAGCUACUCUGGAGGGACAUGGACACAGCCUCAUUUAUGACAGGCUGCAAGUUCCACAUGUCAGGGAAGCCCUUUACCUUCACUUGUGGGGCAGUCAGGAAGGACUUCCUGGCCAUGUUGAGCCUUCUCCAGCAUCAAGCCACUCUCAGAGUGGCAAAGUCACCCAGCAAUUUCCAGUGUGGGGAUGAGGAGGCCUUUCACAGCGGGAGGAGUCAUUACAUGGACAGUGACUAUGGGAAACCACUCAGCUACGAAUACAGACUCCUUCAGCAUCCGCAGCUUCACCCUCAAAGUCAUUAUGACUGUGAUGUAUGUGAGAAACCAUUUAACCAAAGCUCCCCCAUUAGUGAUUGCCAGAGACCUGACACGGGAGCAAGGUCUUAUGAAUGCAACGAAUGUGGGAGAUCCUUCAGCCAAAGCUACCACCUCAUUCAGCACCACAGAAUUCACACUGGAGCCAGGCCUUACAAAUGCAGUGAGUGUGGAAAAGCCUUCACUUACAAACUCAGGCUUGUUCAGCAUCUGCAAAUUCACAAUAGAGUCAAGCCUUAUGAAUGUGGGGAGUGUAGGAAAUCCUUUAGCUACAGUUCCACUCUCAUUAAACACCAGAGGGUGCACACGGGAGCCAGGCCUUAUAAGUGUGGGGAGUGUGGGAACUCCUUCAGUCAGAGCUCCAACCUUGUCCAACAUCAGAAAAUUCACAAUGGGGCGAGGCCUUAUAAAUGCAGCGAAUGUGGAAAAUCUUUCAGCUACAAGUGCAAACUUGUUCAGCACCUGCGGAUUCACACUGGCGAAAGGCCUUAUGAAUGUGGGGAUUGUGGGAGAUCUUUCAGCCACAGCUCUACUCUCAAUCAACACAGGAGAAUUCACACUGGAGCCAGGCCUUAUAAGUGUGAUGAGUGUGAGAAAUCCUUCAGCCAAAAGUCUAACCUCAUUCAGCACCAGAGAGUUCACACAGGAGAAAGGCCUUAUGAGUGUGGGGAAUGUGGGAAAUCCUUUAGCCAAAGCUCCCACAUCAUUCAACACAGAAAACUUCACACCAGAUAACCUCACAAAUAUGCAAUGCCUCUGGGGAAACUUGUCAGCCCCCGCUCUGCUGUCAUUUCAGCAUGACAGCUUAAACCC